AUGGUCUCCCAAGCGUGCUACACCACCAGCGACAGACGGUACAGCAGCCGACACUACCCCUUCGGUCCCAGCAGCCUCAGCAGCAGUAGCGCCAACAGCUCCAUCUACUUCCACGAGCAUCAACGCCGGCUACAUCACGAUCCUCCGCCGCCACCACCUCCUCCAACACUGCCAUCAACAAGGGCACUCACAUCCGCGGGAACCAUGCCGCAUGGCGGGCACGAAGGCGGUCAUCAUCACUUGGAGACGGAGGCGGCGCCGCAGAGGAAGAGGAUCGCUGUUGCGUGCGGUCGCUGCCGCAAACGCAAAAUCCGCUGCAGCGGCGACCCGGGCCAAGGUCAGCCCUGCACCAACUGCAAAAACGCCGGCGCCGAGCCUUGCCAGUUCCUCCGGGUCUCCUCCCGAGAAGCGCACAUUCGCCCCGACGCGGCUCCCGCCCCACCCGACUUCGGCUAUCCCCUCAGCGACGCCCGGGUCUAUGCCUCGCGCACGCCCAUCCCCGGUGGUCCUCCCCCUCCCCCUCACACUUCACUAUACGGUGGUCCCCCGGGCUCCGACCUCCCCGGCACAUUGACUUCCCCUCACGGCACGGUGGACAUGCUCUCCUACCGCACAGCAGCAGCAGCAGCAGCAGCAUAUGGAGCGUAUGCUGCGCAUCCUCACGCAGGGAAGACAUAUUACCCUGCCAUGCAUGCAUACGGCACGCCGUAUGCGGGGGCUGAGGAGUUUGAGUUUGGGUUAGCGCCAGCAGGGGUUGCUGCCGCGGCGGGACAGUCGGUGUUAGGUACGACUGAGGCGACCACCGCGAUGGGGUGGAAUUCAAGAGCCAAAGUGACGGGUUUUACUGCCGCCAGCAGUGGCGUGUACCUGGAUUCUGCGACACCGGCAGUUGAUGGGGGAUACACCACCUACGCGGGCGCAGGGGGCAUCUCUAGCCGAGAAGGGUCGAACUUCUCUUUUUCUGGGGUAGCUGCUUCGUUGCCUGCGGGCAUGAGUGUCCCAACGACAACAGAGAGGCUACUCCCCAACCCAACGGGUCGCUCCGCAAGUGUGUUGCCCUACCCAGCAAGCGUCAAGCCUCCUUCUGCGGCACAAAGCGCCUCCAGCUCGACGGCGGGAGCGACACUAGCGGACGUUGCUACCGCAGCAGCGACGUAUGCCUCAAGCUUCGAAACAUCUGGACUGUCUUAUUCGGGCUCAAGCCAGGCGCCGGCAUCUACCCGGACAGGGUCAGACACAUCCUAUCCCCCGCCGCCGCCUGCUACCGGAGCAGAGGGAAUGUUCAACGAAGAUUCCCGCUCCUCCCAAAGCCAGAGUUCAGGAGGCUUCGAAAUGGGGACGUACACCACCGAGCCAAGGCGUGAAUCCGACACUGCCGGUGGCAGCUCUCACGCCGGAUCAUCGUAUCAGAGCGACGGGAGUCAUGGUCAUGAUUCAGCAAGCAGUAGCGAGCACCACAGUCUGUCUAGCACCAGUACAAGCUACCUCAAUGAUGGGGCUAGCUCGAGUCUAAGCUUGAGCAGCAGCAGUGAAAGCCGGAUUGCCACGGCGGUGGCUACCCGUCAUUGA